AUGGUUACUAGGGAUCAUGGAUAUACAUUAUCUGCAAAAGCCAUGGUGGAAGCAUCUGCAUACCGCACCUCAAUAGUUGCACAAACGCGGAACGACGAAAUCCGCGGUCGCACGAUCUCUCAGUUUGACCCGGGGAAAGUUCGGGCAGAUCAUCAACAAGUUUUAAAAGUUUGGCACGAUCGAGGACCGCCCAAGGUCAGAAAAACCUCUAUUGUGAUGGCGAACCGACUUGUGGACCCCGAACCGAUAAGCAAUAGCCUGAAGGAAUGUCGUGCCCUAGAUGCUUGGACGUGCUCUGAAGAGCACCUUAGGACGGCGUUUUCCGACAAGAAAGUUUUCACUGUUGAGGACGCUUUCAUUGGACAAAACCAUCACGUACUUUCUAGGAUAUCCCGAAAAGCUAACAGGAGAGGUAGAAUCGUAAAUCGAGCAGCCCACGCAGCUCAGGUCAUGGUUUGGGCGGCUGCCUGUGCCAUCGGCAAGACUCCGCUGGUGUUCGUCGAGCCAGGGACAAAAAUCGGCAAGGAGUACUAUCUCAAAAUCAUUCUCGAGAACGAGCUGCUGCCUUGGCCUUAA